AUAGACUUACCUACUUUUGAAUUUUGCGUUACUAUGGAACAUAUUGGUGAGCAUUCAACUAGCAUUUAUCAUGAUACUGUUUCUAUCGGUGGUGGUUCAUCAUUUCCGCAGUUCCCUUCCCAAACACGGGGAUGGUCAGAUGCGACCGAUCCGAAUUCCGAGUCACUAGCCGUUGAAAUUUCUGGAGCAAUGAGUGAUAAAGACCGUGUUCUAUUCAAGAUUCAUACAAAGACUACAUUGCCUGAUUUUAAGCAAAAUGAAUGCGAUGUACAACGAAUGCAUGAAGAAUUCGUCUGGCUUCAUGAUCGUUUAGUUGAAAAUGAUACAUAUGCAGGUUUAAUUGUUCCACCAGUACCACCCAAACCAGAUUUCGAUGCAUCUCGUGCUAAACUACAACGACUGGGUGAAAAUGAAGGCAAUCUACCCGUAGACGAUCUGCGGAAAAUGAAAGCUGAAUUAGAAGCUGAAUACUUAGCUACUUUUAAGAAAACAGUUGCAAUGCAUGAAGUGUUUUUACAACGACUAGCAUCACAUCCAACAUUUAAACAUGAUCAUGGUUUUCGUGUAUUUUUGGAAUUCGAAGAAGAAUUAAACGUACGAAAUAAGACAAGGAAAGAAAAGGCUGUUGAUUUUUUAAAAUCUGUCUCAAAAUCAGCUGAUGAAACUUUAUGGUUAAAUAAUCAACGUGACAACGAUGUUUUCUUUCGUGACGAAAAAUGUAUCUUAGCUGUUUAUCAUUCAGCUAUAAAAGAUGCAACGGUAGCAGCAGAUCUAGCAUCGAAAUGUCGUAAAACUAAUGCAAAUACUUUAUUACAAAUUGAAUUGGCUCUAUCUAAUUUAAUUCCAAAAGAAUGCAAUAUCACUUCUGAAACCGAUUUGACAACUUUGUUAUCCAAUUUCUUUGAAAGCUUUCAAGACUGGAAUACAUGCUUUUUUCAUUUUGCGCUUCUGCUCAUAAAUGACUACAUUCAAAUAGACUGUGAAUGAAGAUGAAUGGUUUCUCAGAUUGUCCUAAAUUUUGUCGAAUUUUUCUUUUAUGAAAUAUAAAAGUAUAUAUACAAUCGACUGAUCAUUCAGUAGUUAUCAAUGUUAUGUUUAUCUAGUCCUUUUGUGCUGAUUCAAUCCUAUCGAUCAUGUUGUAACGCAGUCACUGGUGUAAGUGACUUGGCAUAACGUUUAUUAUGUGUUAAGUGGUUGAAGGUAGUAUACAGGAAACCCUGAAUCUAGGUUUCAUUCUAAUUGGCACUCCUCAACAAGAUCCAGGGUUGUCUUCCAAUCAAUUUAUUGAUAAUGUCUAACGAUGAAGCUAGGUGGUUCGUGUUCCAGUCUCACAAAGAGCAUUAGUCCCCCCAAAGUUAUAGAUACACCUUGUUGAUAUGUGCCAAUUAAUGCAAAACUUAAUUUCAGGGUUUCCUCCCGAAUAUUUCUAACUACUUAAAUUGGCAGUAUUGCUACUGCAGUCGAUUCCGAGCUAUGUUAUUCGAUUUAUUCAACUGCUGGUUAUGAUAAUCGUGUUGACCAAGCAGUUUACACCUACGUACACGGCUUAUCCCAUCAUUCUUCCUGAAACAUCACAAGAAAACAGCGAAGAGAUGCGUAUUUCGUCCUAAAAAAUACUCAUUUUUUAUGUUUAAAAGUUAAAAGUUAAUACUAUUUUUUUGGUUUCGGUCAAUAUGUCAUAUGUAGACAAUAUCUGUCACAUCAGUCCAAGUUAGCCAGCCAUGUGCAGCAUAGAACCUGGCACGUACGUUCAACAAUCCUAGUUACCAUACCACACUAGAGCAGCGAGAUAAAGUUGUCAAGACACCUGAGUAUUAGAAUUAGUAACGUUAUCAGUACUAUUAGGAAAGAUUAGAUACAGUAAAAGAGCGAAAGAUGGAGCGAAAAGGUGUCGUUACUCAUUGUAAAAGAAAACAAAGAGUGAAUGCAUCUACGAACGUUCAUGAGCCAUGUCAUGCAAAGUUUCUAACUAUUGGUUACGAUAAUCAUACGGAUCCUAACCAGGUACCGGAAUCGGGAUCUGUACAGUUAUAUUUUUCUCUAGUAAAAGAAGCAAAGUACUAAAUCUUUAUCAUUAGAUUUUUCUUUCAAUUUUAAAUGACUUUACUUUCCAGUUGUUCAUAAGGACUGUUCCAUGAAUUGCGUUUUGUUAAAAACUAAUGUCGAUUAUUAAGGAUUAUUUAUUGAUUUUCGACAUUACCUUUACGUUUGUUCAGUUAAAUCCAAUCAUUUGCAUAAGUUUCAUAAAUAACUGUACUGAAUUCAGUGUUUUAUUGAGUUUCUUUUUUUACUCUUCAGAAUAUAGCCUAGUGCUUUUGUGGAAUAAAAAUCUUCUUAUUUUUCAAUAUAAAAAUGAUGCUGAAUAAACCAGGUAGAUUGAUAAGAGUAUGGAGCCUAUUAUGUGGGGUAGGCUGAGCAAAUUGAUGAAUGUAUCCCAUUUGGACACAUUGUUAUAGACUAUUGCGAAUUAGUUUUCAUAAUUUCCACUUUUUAUAGGUACUGUUUUAUUCUCACGACUUUAUGGUAAAUUACUGAGGACUGGAAGGAAUUCCUCUAUUCUGAACUAGUAUUCACUGUCUAUCAAAUGAGAAAGAAUGGUACUAUCUACAGACUUCAUGAAUCUUUUUACUAAUCAAACAAAAUGAGCGUUCGUGACCACACAGGAAUAUAAGACUCUCCAAUCGAAACCUAUGUAACAGCCUUGUAUCGCCAUACUGAAAUAAGUCAGGUUAUUAUGAUUAAUUGUUCACUAAAUUGACUGAUUGAAGGUCUUCAAAAAGUAUUUUGUUAAUUUCUGCUUAGAGUGUAUUGUUUUUGUGAGUUAAGUUUUGUAUGUUGUUUCUGAAGCUCAUGUAAUAUUCAACGGUCAGUCAUUAGACAAAAUUAAAAAAAAUAAUUAACAGCUGAAUGUUUUGUUAAAUCCGUACACUUUGAAAUAUAGCUAGAUUGAUGUAAUAUAAUAUCAACGAAUUCUAGUCACUUUUUAUCUUUAUCAUGCGAAACUAUCACAAAAUGGAAUCGACUAAAUCACAUGAAUACAGUCAUUCAAAAUCUAUCCUUUCAAUUAACAACCAUAUUUCAAUGAUGAUAAUAAUAAUAGCAAUCAAUAAAACGCAGUGAACUAGAAAUUUUCUGUUUAGCUAAAUUGGUUCUAUGAGAAAUACAUUUAUUAUCUAAGUUAGGGUCAAUUCUCGAUCAGAAUCAUGUGUUUUGGGGAUGCUAGAUCUCCAGAAAUCACUUAGUAAACGUUUUAUUUGUGUAAUAUUAUUUUUGAAAUUCGAAUUUCUCAUUUUCGCAUCAAAAGCGACUAUUUUACCUUCAGAUUGUAUUUCUCAAUUGAAUGGACCUUACAUGUCAUUAGUUCGUUCCCUCUUUUAAUACGCUAUUUUUUGACGUAUCCUAACGACAUUUUUAUACUGCAUAUAUGCACUUGAGUUGUGUGCUUGUUCAUUCGUGCUUCUGGCUGCUUGUGGGAUAUACUUUUCCCUUAGCUGAAUCUGAUCCCUCUAUAAUUUUCUCCAAUCCACACUGUCAAAUGCUUUCUCAUAGUCAAGGAAGUGGAUAUAUAGUGAUCAGUUCCAUUCAAUUGAUCGUUCAACGAUGAUCCGCACUGUUGCGAUUUUGUAUGUGAACGAUCGAUCCUUACGGAAUUCGGUGUGUUGAUCUGGAAGUUGAUUGUCUGCUGAGUUUUUCAUCUGGUUCAGCAACACUCCGUUUAAGACGUUUUCUGGUACUGACAGUAGCGUGAUGCCUCUGUGGUUCUCACACUAGCUCAGAUCUCCAUUCUUUGGAAUUCCGAUGAGGUGUCCUUCUUUCCAGUCCAGCCCAUCGGUAUUUGUUCCUCCUCCCAAAUCUGCCAGAAUAGGACGUGAAACAUGUUUUCAGUUACUUCUAUGUCUGACUUCAGUGCUUCAGCUGGUAUAUUGUCAGGUGCUGCUGCUUCCCCAUUCUUGAUUUGUCUGAUGGUCAACCUGAUUUUUUCGAUCGUUGGUGGAGUGACAUCUAUGGGAAUGUCUGUAUUUGGUGUUUCGAUGUCCGGUGGAUUUAGUAGAGCUAGCCUAAUCAAGAGUUCCUCAAAAUGUCCCUCCCUUCCCCUCCUCUGCUCUUGAAUGCCAAUGAUUGACUUGCGUUGUUUGUGCUUGAACGGUUAGGGCAGAUUUUAAAUGGUUUAACUUGUUUAUUCUGGUUACCAAACCCUCCUCUAUCCGGACUUGGGACUGGCAGUACCUCUAGGAGAGCUAUAGGAAAUUCUAAUCAGUAGUUUGUUUUUAUCUUGAUAUUUUUCGAGAAAAAUGUGAAAAAUACUUGCAUAUAGUUCCAUCUUAUUUUAUGUUAGCCUUUUAUUGCCAUUUUUAGUUUUUGGCACAUUAUUUUUCUUUUUGUAUUCAGUAAUUGAGUUGAAUGCGUAGUCUUAAUCUAUGAACACUUGGUUCAUUAUUAUUAUUGAUAACGUUAUUGCCAGCCACCACGAUGUCUUUAUACUUUUUUGUUAGUUGUACAGUGAAAGGUCGUAAACUUUUCGUAAACACGCCUGAAUAGGUUGUGCGAUUAUUAGAUAUGAUAAUGUGUUAGAACAAAUCAAAAUAUAUAACUUGCUGAAAUAUAUAGAAGGGGGGGGCGAGUAUCCCAGAUAUUCAAACAGGUCGCCAUUGGUGAUCAUAGUGUGAUAAUAUCGUCUGACUGCAACACUUAAUGAUUGAUACAGAUUCAAAUCCCCUCGGUGAUUGUAGAUACAGCUUGUUGAAAAAUCCCAACUAGCUUAAAACAUUAGGCCGAUCGUCAAUUGCCUCCAACACAUUAGAAAUCAAAAUGCCUAACUAUUAAUAAAUCAC